AUGUCUUCGCAACACAACAAUGCUGCCUUUAAGCUGGAGAAUCUUUUUGGUAUGAAGGGCAAGGUCGCCCUCGUCACGGGCGGUGGUUCUGGAAUCGGCUUGAUGGCCACUCAAGCUUUGGCCGUCAACGGUGCCAAAGUCUACAUCACCGGCCGCACCAAGGAGAAGCUCGACCGAGUGGUCGAGAUCUACUCCAAAGACAUCCCCGGCGAGAUCAUCGCUCUCCAAGCCGACGUCACCUCCAAGGAAUCCAUCCAGAACCUUGUCGACGAGAUCUCCGCCAAGGAGUCCAAGCUUCACAUCCUGAUCAACAAUGCCGGCAUCAGCUCCACCAAGCAGGACGUCGACAAGAGCACGCCCGAGGAUCUGAAGCAAGAGCUCUUCCACAACACCAGCACCAUCAGCGAUUGGGACGAGGUCAUGCGCACCAACGUCAUGCAGAUCUUCUUCAUGACCACCGCUUUCCUGCCCCUGCUGAACAAGGGUACCCAAGAGACGCCCGGCUGGUCCAGCACCGUGAUCAACAUCACCUCCAUCUCGGGCAUCGUCAAGGUCUCCCAGCACCAUUUUGUCUAUAACACCAGCAAGGCCGCCGCCAUCCAUUUGACCAAGAUGUUGGCGCACGAGAUCGCCGACUCGGGCGUCAAGAUCCGCGUCAACAACAUCGCCCCGGGCGUCUUCCCCUCGGAAAUGACCGCCAAGGAGAGUGACGAUAAGCAGAAGAGUGCACUGGAGAAGGAGAAGUUUGAGAAUAAGGUUCCGGCUGCGCGUCCUGGUAAGGACGAGGAUAUGGCUGGAGCGGUGCUCUUCGCUGCUUCGAACCAGUAUCUCAAUGGGCAGACCGUCGUGGUGGACGGUGGCUACGUGCUAGCGGCGGGUUCUAUUUAA